AUGUCUUUCAACCGAAUUGCCGUCCACGGUCACCGCGGGCUGUUCAGUGCUACGAUCGUCGCAGCGCUCAUUGCCUCCGGCGCACCCGUCACGGUCUUGUAUCGUCCCGGCUCAGAAUGUUCCAGCAUCCCGGCAGGUGUACGUACGAUCGAGGUGGAUCCCCUCGACGAGGAUGCUCUGGCUGCGGCCCUGCAGGACAUUGACGUUGUGAUUUCUCUCGUAGGGGACAAGGGCGUCAGCAACGAGUUUGGCUUUGUGAAGGCUAUCCCUCGGACCAAGGUCAAGCUGUUCGUGCCGUCCGACCUGGGUCUUCGCUAUGGCGCCGAAGGGAUGAAGAUUCCUCUCCUCAGGAUGAAAGAGGACGUCCAGGAGCGCGCCAGACAGGCGGGCAUCCCUCUGACGGUCAUCCUCAUCGCAGAUUUUGCCGAGUUCACCCUCGGGUCCAUCGUCAUGGGGAUCGACAUCAAAGGAAAUAGGCUUCUCUACACUGGCAACGCGGCCAGGGAAAAGGCCGGCAUGUGCACGGCGGACUACGUGGCCGCCGCAUACGUCUCUCUCUUCACCACCGGCCCCGUGUCGGACGUCAGCAACCGAGCCAUCGGUCUCGUCGAGCUCGCCCCCACAGGCGAAGAGAUUGCGGCGGCGCUCGAGAAGAAGCACGGCAAGGCGCCCGUGAUUUUCAACCAACCCGUCGAAAAGGCCGUGGCGGACUUCAACGCGCACCUCGCCUCGCCGUCUGAGCUCUCCUACAUCGCCCCGGCCUGGUUCUACCGGAAGCUGUGGGGCACGGGCGAGUUGACGAGCAUGCUGGGCAGCGACAUUUAUGAUGUGCCUGGGUACCGGAAGGCCACCCUGGAUGAGCUUGUUGUGGAAGGCAAGGUCAAGCCGUAUCGGGACCUGUCCAGGUUUCAGCAUUAUUUUGAAGAGGCCAUGUUCCGUUGA